AUGAAACUCGGCUCAGUUCUGCUUCUGCUGCUCCUUCUGGGGACGUGCUCGGCCUACACCUAUCAAAAUGUCGCCUUGCGUGGAAAAGCGACCCAGUCAACUCGUUUUGAUCGUGCAUUUGGAGCGGCCUACAAUGCCAUCGACGGAAACCGUGACUCUAACUACUCGGCCGGAUCAUGCACCAGGACUAAUGAGCAGACCAACCCCUGGUGGAGAGUGGACCUGCUGGAGUCCUACAUUGUCACCUCCAUUACCAUCACCAACAGAGGAGACUGCUGUGCAGAACGGCUCGACGGAGCUGAGAUUUACAUUGGCAACUCUGUACAAGAUAACGGUGCUGCAAACCCACUGGCUGCUCAAAUUACACAUAUCCCAAUGGGAAGGUCUUUAAAAAUAUCUUUUACCGGACGUGUGGAGGGACGUUAUGUCACUGUGGUUCUACAUGGAUUACGUAGAGUCCUCACACUCUGCGAAGUGGAAAUCUAUGGGUACCGGGCCCCAACUGGGGAGAAUCUGGCCCUCCAGGGAAAAGCCUCACAGUCGUCGCUGCAUUCUAUAGGCAUUGCAAAUAAUGCCAUAGAUGGUGAUCGUGACACCCUCUGGGGCCGAGCUUCUUGUAUGCACACAAACAAUGACUUCAACCCCUGGUGGCGAGUGGACCUGGGCAAAACCCACAAAGUGUUUUCUGUGACCAUAACCAACUACAGAAAUACUAACCAUCAGCUUCGAGAUGCCGAGAUCCGAAUUGGAGAUUCUCUCGCAAACAAUGGCAACACCAAUCCCAGGUGUGCUGUGAUCUCAAGAAUCCCUGCAGGUUUCACUGAAACCUUUGAAUGCCACGGGAUGGAUGGCCGAUACGUUAACAUCGUCAUUCCUGGAAGAACCGAGUACCUGAUCCUAUGUGAGGUGGAGGUCUACGGCUCCAGACUGGAUUAAGUAUACAGCU